AAGUCGCUACGAGGCAUCGGAUGGUACAAUGCAAUUUGCGACGGUGGGGACCUUAUGAACGGCUAGGAGCCGCAUUUGUAACAACUGUCGAGAACAAAACCGCCUUAUUGAGGGAGAUUCGCGUUCAACCUUCGCAAAUAUGCAACUCCCCCGUCAAGCUCAACUGAAGAUGGAGAAAACUCCUCAUGAGAACGCUUCUGGAAUAGAUGACAAAGAUGGACUGGGCAGUACUCCAGUACUCAUUACAAGAUCCGUGACAUCAGAACAAUCGUUUUGCAGAUACGACGAGGCUCGCCACCCUUCUCCAAAUAACACAAGUCCCGAAGCCCUACCCAGCCUUCCAAAAGUCGUGGAUCGCAUUCCCUUCGCAGCAUGGGCGGUCAUCUUCGCGGGAGCCUUUGAGCGUUUUGCCUACUUCGGCCUGAUUGCGCCAUGGCAGAACUACAUGCAACAUCCACGCAAGCACACAAAGCCAAACAGUAUCGACGUCCGUUACAAUAGCCUCCCAGGGGCUCUGGGCCUAGGGCAAGCAAUGGCAACAAACAUGUCCAACGCUUUUUUCCUGAUAUCCUUUUUGACGCCCAUGUUCUUUGCGGUUCUGAGUGAUUCGAAACUAGGCCGGUAUAAGACGCUCAUGUUGGGGCUAGCGUGUUACUUGGUUGGGUGCGUUGUGAUUACGGCAACUAGCACGCCCAGAAGCCUUGAAAGAGAGGCAGGCCUGCCCGGGCUCGUCGUUUCAAUGGCAUUUGUGGCAUUGGGAGCGGGAAGCAUAAAGGCUUGCUACGCGCCCUUCUUGGGAGACCAGAUAGUACACUGUGGGAAGGAAGCAGAAAGGGUAGAGAAGAUCAAAGGGCGAUUGGUGGUUGUUAGUCGAGAACGGACGUUGCAGUUUGUUUACAAUGCGUACUAUUGUCUUGCAUCCAUUCCCGUCACAUACCUGGAACACAGAUACGGAUUUUGGCAAGCAUAUCUACUCGCAACAGGAGCUCUGGUCGUAAGCAUCAUGCUGUUCUUACUUUGGGGUGGAUGGUUUAUCAAGCUUGAACCACAGGGGAACAUGCUGCCCCAAGCAAGCAGAGUGCUGGUUUGUUCAAUGAGGAGCGGGCUAAGGUUAGAUCACGCCAAACCAGCAUACCAAGAAGCAAGAUCUCGGCGCAUCGUACCGUGGACCGACGAGUUUGUGGAAGAAAUCAAGCAAGGCCUUGUUGCCUGCCGUGUUAUAUUUUGCCUCCUUUUCUUCUACCUUGUCGUUUCUCAGAUGUAUAACAACCUGGUAUCUCAAGCCGGCUCUAUGCGCCUUUCCGGCAUCCCCAACGACCUUCCUCAGGCCUUCUCCGGCGUCGCCUGCAUCAUCUUCGGACCUCUUAUCCAAUGGCUGUAUUCCGUCCUCGCCCGGAAUCUCAUAGAGCUUGGUCCCAUCGCACGCUUGGUCAGUGCUUUCGUCUUUUGCGGGUUGUCAAUGGUGUAUGCAGCAGUACUGCAACGCUCCAUCUACGCCUCGUCACCUUGCUUUUCGCGUCCGCUCGUCUGCUCAGCAGGAGCGGGAAAACCCAACAACAUAUCCGUCUUUCUCCAAAUACCCACUUAUUUUCUCCUCGCCAUUGGAGAGAUCCUAGGGUUCGUGACGGCGUUCGAGUACGCAUACCGCAAGGCACCAACCGGCAUGAAGGCGAUUGUCAUGGCGUUCUCGCAAUUGACGGCCGGACUGGCGAGUGCGCUAGGAAUGGCUGUGAGUCCAGCGGCCAAGGACCCAAACAUGGUUGUGCUGUAUGCAGUCCUCGCGGGGGUGAUGGGUGCGAACGCGGCUUUAUUCUGGUGGAUAUUCAGAAGAUUGGAUCGGGUAGACGGGCGUGAAAUGCAGCAGAAUGAUAUAGAGGAGGAGAAUGAUAGGCAGGGUGCUAGCCUUUAGCGCUUUCCGCGUGGUCCUCACGACGGAAACCCAGUCCAUGCAUGUAGUGUUUUGAGCCGCGUGGAUUGCAAGUACUGCAUGGAUGCCAGUAGUUAUUGUGACAAGACGAUGAAUAGUACGCCCGAGAUUUAGGGGUCAAAUAGCCAUGCGACCACGCAUACCUGUUGCCGCAACUCUCGGAUCCCGAUAAGCAUCCCACAGGGAGGCUUGCUACUAGUGAGCGAUGCGA